AUGCUUCUCCUCCUGAUCUUUGGGAUUGUGCUUCUUCCGAAAGCCUCCACUCUAAGGUGUUAUGAGUGUACACCUGAUGCGUUGGGAUCCUGCAAAGACACAGCAAAGCAAUGUCCAUCCUAUGGUUAUCAGUGUGGUGCUCUGAAAGUCACCUUUUAUGCAGGUGCUUCGAAAGUCAACGAACUCAACAUGAAAUCGUGUGUUUUGGCCGAGCAGUGUGUUGAGGGCUCACUCAACUUUGGAGUCUCCAGGACAGUCAUUACCAGCAAGUGUUGCACCUCCGACCUCUGCAACAUUCAACCUGCCCGAGCACCUGUGAAAUCAACUCCCAAUGGUAAGAAGUGUUUCCGCUGUGAGGGACAGACAUGCAGUGGAACUCUGAACUGCGAGGGGAAUGAGGACCGUUGCAUUACAACAACAGUGGACGUCGCGGGUGAAAAGAUAACCAUGAAGGGCUGUGCCUCCCAACUGAUGUGCGUAGGUUCUGAAACUGCACAGCUACCAGGGGGCAUUGGAGUCGGGCUGAGCUGCUGUCAGGGGGACUACUGCAACAGUGCCAUCAGCACACGGGCUGGCCUCCUGCUCCUGGUGGCACCACUGCUCACUUGGAAACGCUACCCUAGAGUGCGUCCUAUGGGAUUAUGGGCUUUUUCUACGUCAGAACUUGCCAUAGCCCCCCCCCCCCCCGGAGGUGGAGAUCUGGCAGAGAUGAAGACCAGGGAGGAGUCACAGUAUCUGGUGGGAUGGUGGGUACUUGAGAGAGACCCUCAUCCCCAAGGACCACAGCAGGCUCAGCAGGAGGAGUCACAGGAGGAGCUGGUGGUGGAGGAGUGA